AUGGAAUACAUGAAUUCUCUAUUGAAUGUUGGAACUAAGGAUGUACGCAUGGUAGCAAUAUGUGGGAUGGGUGGACUAGGCAAGACAACAAUUGCCAAAGCUGUUUUUAACCAUGUAUUCCACAGUUUUGAAUACAAAAGUUUUCUGGCAAAUGUUAGAGAGAAUUCAAAGCAAGAUAAAGAACAAAUUUGUCUACAAAAGCAAUUUCUUUUCGAUAUAUUGAAGACAGAAGUCAGAGAGGUGAGCAGUGUUGAUCGAGGAAUCAAGGUGCUAAAAGAUAGGCUUUGCAAUAAAAGGGUUCUUCUUGUUCUUGAUGAUGUGGAUGAAUUGCACCAACUCAUUGCGUUUAAUUGCCACUCAGAUAGUGCUAGAAAAGAUUGCUUUGGUCCAGGAAGUUAUGCUCAACUCUCAAAAGAUGUUGUAGGGUACUUCAAAGGAUUGCCCUUAGGCCUUGAAGUUUUGGGUUCAUAUCUGAGAGAGUUCAAAAGCGUAGCUGAAUGGAAAAACGCAUUGGAGAAAUUGGGAAAAGCUCCUCAUAGUAAAAUUCAAGAGCAGCUUAGGAUAAGUUUCGAUGCAUUGGAUCGUUAUGAAAAAAAGAUAUUUCUUGAUAUUGCAUGUUUCUUUAUUGGAAUGGAUAAAUACUACGUCACAAAAAUACUAGAUGGCUGUGAAUUUUUCGCGACAAGUGGUAUUGGUGUCCUCACUCGACGGUGCCUUCUAAAAAUAAACCAUGAUGACAAGCUGAUGAUGCAUGAUCUGCUCAGAGACAUGGGAAGAGAAAUUGUUUGUCAAGAAUCUAGUGACAACUGUGGGCAACGUAGCAGAUUGUGGCAUUGUGAGGAUGUUCUUGAUGUAUUAACAAAUUCCUUGGGAACAAACCAAAUUGAAGGCCUUGCCUUAAAUAUGGAUGGACCAGUAAAAUUAACUUUGACAGCUGAAGCAUUUGCAAGGACGCAAAAUGUAAGAUUGCUACAACUCAAUUAUGUACCCAUCACUGGAGGCUAUGAACAUUUUUCUAAAAAAUUGAGAUGGCUAUGUUGGCAUGGAUUCCCUUUGAAUUCUAUACCAAAAAACUUUUAUCAAGAGAAAUUAGUUGCUUUUGACAUGCAGUACAGCAACCUGAGACAAUAUAUGUCUGAACUAUCUAUCUUUUAA